AUGACGGACUUGAAAUCAUACAGCAAACGCAAAAAAAGCAAGAAAAAAGAAAAACAGCCAACUGUUGGUACAUUUGCAAUGUUUCGAUAUUCUGAUUGGCUGGAUAGGUUAUACAUGGUGCUGGGAACAACUGCAGCUGUCAUACAUGGAGCAGCACAACCUCUGAUCAUGCUGAUUUUUGGGGAAAUGACAGAUAGUUUUGCCAAUAUGGGAAAUGCAAAUCUAACUAAUACAGAUGUGAAUAAGUCAACUGAAAAUCCCUACAAUCAACUGGAAGAGCAAAUGACCAUGUAUGCAUAUUAUUAUUCGGCAGUGGGAUUUGGAGUCCUCGUUGCUGCCUACAUUCAAGUUGCAUUUUGGACCUUGGCUGCAGGAUGACAAAUUAAGAAAAUUAGACAAAAUUUUUUCCAUUCAAUAAUGCGCCAGGAAAUUGGUUGGUUUGAUAUCCAUGAUGUUGGGGAACUGAACACUCGACUAGCUGAUGAUGUGUCCAAAAUUAACGAUGGAAUUGGAGACAAAAUUGGAAUACUCUUUCAAGCAAUAGCAACAUUCCUUACAGGUUUUAUAGUUGGAUUUACAAGAGGCUGGAAGCUAACACUUGUGAUUCUGGCCAUUAGUCCUCUCCUAGGCUUGUCAGCUGCCCUCUGGGCAAAGAUACUGUCUUCCUUUACUGAUAAAGAAUUAUUAGCAUAUGCAAAAGCUGGAGCAGUAGCUGAAGAGGUCCUAGCAGCAAUUAGAACUGUAAUUGCUUUUGGAGGACAAAAGAAAGAACUGGAAAGGUACAACAAAAAUUUAGAAGACGCUAAAAGUCUUGGGAUAAAAAAAGCUAUUACAGCCAAUAUGUCAAUUGGAGUUGCCUUCUUCCUGAUAUAUGCCUCAUAUUCCCUGGCAUUCUGGUAUGGGACAACUUUGAUCAUCGCUAAUGAAUACUCUAUUGGACAAGUACUCACUGUCUUCUUUUCUGUGACAAUUGGAGUCUUCAGUGUUGGACAGGCAUCACCAAGCAUUGAAGCUUUCGCUAAUGCAAGAGGUGCAGCCUAUGGAGUCUUUAAGAUAAUUGAUAAUAAUCCAAUUAUUGACAGCUAUUCAACAAGUGGCCAUAAACCAGAUAAUAUUCAUGGAAUCUUGGAGUUUAAAAACGUUCAUUUCACUUACCCUUCUCGGGCAGAAGUUAAGAUUUUGAAGGGCCUCAAUCUCAAGGUUAACAGUGGACAAACAGUAGCAUUGGUUGGAAACAGUGGCUGUGGGAAAAGUACAACUGUUCAGUUGAUACAGAGAUUAUAUGAUCCCACCGAGGGUGUGGUCACCAUCGAUGGACAGGAUAUCCGGACCCUAAAUGUAAGGUAUCUGAGGGAAAUUACUGGAGUUGUGAGUCAAGAGCCAGUACUGUUUGCAACUACAAUUGCUGAAAAUAUUCGCUAUGGCCAUGAAAAUGUCACCAUGGAAGAGAUUGAGAAAGCUGUCAAAGAAGCCAAUGCCUAUGACUUUAUAAUGAAACUUCCUAAAAAAUUUGACACUUUGGUUGGAGAAAGAGGGGCCCAGCUGAGUGGAGGUCAGAAACAGAGGAUAGCAAUCGCUCGAGCUCUGGUUCGUAAUCCCAAGAUCCUUCUGCUUGAUGAGGCAACGUCAGCCUUAGACACUGAAAGUGAAGCAGUUGUACAAGAGGCACUGGAUAAGGCAAGAGAAGGCCGUACUACCAUUGUUAUAGCACAUCGUUUGUCUACAAUCCGUAAUGCAGAUGUCAUAGCUGGCUUUGAGGAUGGAGUCAUUGUGGAGCAAGGAAACCAUAAUGAAUUAAUGAGACAGGGAGGUGUUUACUUCAAACUUGUUACCAUGCAGACAGGAGGAAAACAGAUUGAAUCAGAGGGUGCUACAGAUGAAGAGACAGAUGAAAUGAGUGCCUCAGAAUCAGCUACACAAGGUUUUGGAUCCAGAAGCCUAAGAAGGCGAUCAACUCACUCAAGUAUGAAGAAGCAACAGGGAUCAGAGAAAAAAGUCACUGGAGAGGAGGAAACGCUUGAUGAAAAUGUGCCUCCAGCUUCUUUUUUCAGAGUUCUGAAGAUGAAUAAGACAGAGUGGCCUUAUUUUGUGGUUGGCACUAUUUGUGCCAUUAUCAAUGGAGCUCUACAGCCAUCAUUUGCUAUAAUAUUUUCCAGGAUUAUUGGGGUCUUUACACAAGCGAAUUCUGAUGACAAAAGACGGCGUGAUGAUGAUUUGUUUUCACUGUUGUUUUAGUACUUGGAUUGUAUUGUCUUCAUUACCUAUUUUCUUCAGGGUUUCGCAGUUGGCAAAGCUGGAGAGAUUCUUACCAAGAGACUCCGAUAUAAGGCCUUUAAAGCAAUGUUGAGACAGGAUGUAAGCUGGUUUGAUGAUCCUAAAAACAGCACCGGUGCUCUGACUACAAGACUUGCUACUGAUGCCUCCCAAGUCAAGGGGGCCACCGGUGCUAGACUGGCUGUUAUUACCCAGAAUGUAGCCAAUCUUGGGACUGGAAUCAUCUCAUUUGUCUAUGGCUGGCAGUUAACACUCUUGGUCUUAGCCAUCGUACCCAUCAUGGCAAUUGCGGGAAUUAUUCAAAUGAAAAUGUUGGCCGGACAUGCCCAGAAAGAUAAGGAAGAAUUAGAGGGUGCUGGAAAGGUCAGUCCAACUCAUAGGCUCUGA